GUGGGGGCAAGGGGGAACGCGGCUCGUUUGGGCCCCUCUCGCGAGGUUGGAGGGGGGGGGCUCAGCGGGAAGGGGGCAGCGCUUCCUCCCGCUUCGCCCUGCGGGAGGGAUGGCGGUGACCCGGGUGCCGUGUCUGGUGCUCGCGAUGGCCAUGGCGCUCGCCGCGCGAGGGGCGCUCACAAACGACAUCCUCGGACUCAAGCUGCCCCCGGAGCCCGUGCUGAACGCCAACACCGUGUGCCUGACCCUCGCGGGACUGAGCCGGCGGCAGCUGGAGCUGUGCAUGCGCAGUCCCGACGUGGCCGCGUCCGCCGUGCAGGGAGUGCAGAUCGCCAUCCACGAGUGCCAGCACCAGAUGCGCAACCACCGCUGGAACUGCUCCUCGCUCGAGACCAAGAACAAGUUGCCUUACGGCAACACCAUGCUCACGCGAGGCUACAGGGAGACGGCGUUCGCGUACGCGCUGGCGGCGGCGGGCGUGAUGCACGCCGUGGCGAGCGCCUGCAGCCUGGGCAAGCUCAAGACGUGCGGCUGCGACGAGAAGCUCAAGGGCGACGAGGAGGCGUUCCGCGUCAAACUGAUCAAGCUGAAGAUGCAGAUGCUCAGCCAGGGGAAGGCGGCCGCCAACGGCGUUCUGCCGCACGUGCCGGCCGACGCGCCUGGCUCGCCCGACACCUGGGAGUGGGGCGGCUGCAGCCACGACCUCGAGUUCGGGGAGAAGUUCUCGCGCGACUUUCUGGACUCGCGCGAGACGUCCCGCGACAUCCACGCACGCACCCGCCUGCACAACAACCGCGUCGGACGGCGGGUCGUCCUGGAGCACAAGAGGCGCAAGUGCAAGUGCCACGGCACCUCCGGGAGCUGCCAGCUCAAGACAUGCUGGCAAGUGAGCCCCGACUUCCGCACGGUGGGCGACACGCUGCGCGACCGCUUUCACCUCGCCGCGUUCCUGGCCCCGCACAACCGGCACGGCGUGCCGGCGCUGGCUCUGGUGUCCGGCGGAGGCCACCACCACCACCACCACCAGGGCUCCUCCUCGGCCCAGGUCACCGGCCGCCGCUACCGGCCCCCCGACGAUGGGGAGCUGCUGUACUUUGAGCGCUCGCCCACGUUCUGCGAACGCGGCGCGGGCAGCGAGUGGCCCGGCACCCAGGGCAGGGUGUGCAACCGGACGAGCUCGGGCGCGGACGGCUGCGAGAGCAUGUGCUGCGGGCGCGGCCACAACCAGAUCAGCGAGAGCCGCAUGGAGCGCUGCAACUGCAAGUUCCACUGGUGCUGCUACGUGGUGUGCGAGGAGUGCCACAGCAGCGCGUGGGUCAACGUGUGCAAGUGACGCGGCGGCGGCGGCGGCGGCGGCGGCGAUGCCCCUGACCGGCCGUGAGGACGGACUCCGCUUGCCAGUCGCUGUCGUUGUUGUCGUUGUCCCCGUCGCGAGCAGCGAUGGUGGGGAAGCGCCGAUGGAUGAAGCCAGAGAGGGCUUCGUGAAGGACUGGCGCCUAAAGACUCGUGGUGUGUGUGUGUUUAGUGGUGUGCACGUGCGUGUUCGUAUGUACGUAUGUGCAUGCGUGUAUAGCAUUUAACCUGUGGUCAGAAGAUCACACGUUGAAAUCCCAGCCAUUGUCUCCCCAGAAUCAAUAAUCCGAACACCAGUUAAAUAUCAGUCAACAAUGGUUCUCCUAUAUAGAGACUAACCCCCGCCAUAGCAAUGUGUUAUUUCCACCGCCGAUGGUGAUGGCAAGAGAGAGAGGACACACAAAGAUAAAGAUUCCCUGUAUAGCCUUUAACAGACUGUUGGGCAAGAACUGGUAGCGAGCACCUUUCACGGCCGGCACGGCACGCGAGGGGGUGCGUGGGCAG